CUGCAUCAGAGUGACAGCUCUCCGCAGUUUGGUCUGCUAGAGAUAAAGUGCAUGUAUUUUAGAAGAAGUGUCACCUUUAUUACUCCUGAAUCAGAUGAUGACCUCAAUGCAGCGGCUGGUGGAUUACAUGUUCAGUUUUUAGUGAUAAAGUAAAUUAUCGAGUUUCCUUUCAGAUGUGAAACCAGUGGACGGUGGACCAACAAAGUCGUCCGUCAGUCCGUGGUCGCCGUGUGUUCAGCAUUCAAACGUUCCGCCGUCUGAGAGACAGGUUUUGGGAUGAACAGGUCCAGCCAGCCUCCGGUCCCCAGGGUGACCCGCAGCGCCGCGGGCCGACUCACCGAGCCCGCAGAGAGGCUGGACUCCGGGCCGGGUCCGUACGGAAAACAACGACGGAAGCAGACUGACUCUGCUCUGGCCCAGGACCUCAGUCAGAUGAGUAUGAGCGGACAGGACACUCUCAAUAACAGCAGUCCGUCUGCUUCAGCUGUCAAAUCCUCCUCUCGGGGGGGUCUAGCCUCUGUGGCUCGGCUGGUCAAACUGGGCCGCUGCAAGAAUGUGGUGGUGGUGGCCGGAGCAGGAGUCAGCACGGCCAGCGGCAUCCCAGACUUCAGAACUCCAGGAACCGGUCUUUACGCCAACUUGGAGAAGUACAACAUCCCUUACCCAGAAGCUAUUUUCAACAUUGACUACUUCUCCAACGACCCGCAGCCCUUCUUCUCCCUGGCCAAGGCUCUGUAUCCCGGCAGCCACCGUCCAAACUACAUACACUACUUCAUCCGCAUGCUUCAUAACAAAGGACUGCUGCUCCGAGUGUACACCCAGAACAUCGACGGACUCGAGAAACUGUGUGGCAUCCCAGAUGACAAACUUGUGGAAGCUCACGGUAGUUUUGCCACAGCUGCCUGUCACCUCUGCUACACUGCAUACCCCGCUGAAGACGCUAAGCAGGCCAUAAUGAAUGACAAAGUCCCCAUAUGCACCUUCUGCGCUGCAACAGUGAAACCUGACGUUGUGUUUUUUGGAGAGGACCUUCCUCAGAAGUAUUUCCUCAACACUCAAGACUUCCCCAAAGCAGACCUGCUCAUCAUUAUGGGCACAUCUUUACAAAUUGAGCCAUUUGCCAGCUUGGUGAACACAGUCCGCUCCACCGUGCCCCGCCUCCUCCUGAACCGAAACGCUGUGGGACCCUUUGAGAAGGUCCCGCUGCGCAGGGCGGACCACAUGGAGCUGGGCGACCUGGAGGAGACCGUGAGGAGGUUUGCUGAAAUGCUCGGCUGGAACGAUGACAUGGAGGAGCUGAUGAGGAGUCAGGAAACACUGAGCCUCCCUACGCUGAUAAGCAGCCCUCUGUCAGUGGACCAGACGUCCUGUCAGAGCAAAGGAGCUCCGGCUGGGACGGAGACCUCCAGGUCCAGAGCGGGGGGGCAGAGGGGAGCCAGCAGCGGCAGCGAGGAGACGGACUCCGAGACGGACAGCAAGAGCUCUGCGUCCUCCAGCCAGAGCACCUGACGCUGACGUUUCCUAAACAAUAGGCUCUGGAAAGGUUUCAAACUGUUCCUCCUCUUCUGACACUAACACUGUUCUCCAGUUACCUGUUCACAUGCACGACUCAUUCGUUUAGAAAAUGCUUUUUGUGCAUUUGGACUGAAGGUGCAACUUACCUGUUUAUCUGGGAGUCACAGUGUGUCAUAGUUGUAUGUUCAUAUGUAAAUACAAAAAUGUUGUUUAUCAAGCUAUCUACAAGCAUAUUUAUAGCACUUAUAGAGCGAGUGUCCAUCGAGAACACUACUAUACAUGUAUUGUAACAACAAUUCUAAUGUUUAUUCAGGUGUUUUAUAUGUCCCAUGUCAGUCAUCUUGUUAAUGUUUUAUAUAACUGUAUUUUAAACAAAAUUCAAUAA